AUGGCAAUUGAAUCUCCAGACGCUGAAUUUGGAGUCAGGUUUCGACCCACUGAUGAACAGCUCAUUCGCUACUUGAUUAAAUUUGUUGUUUCUAAAAACUACGUUUGUAAAGAUAUUGAAUUUGAAGAACUUUACGGAAGUAAGAAGCCAUGGGAGUUACUGGAAGACUCAUCCGGUACUAAAUAUUUUUUUACUAAAUUAAAGAAACGCGAUACAAGGUUUAGUCGGACUUUGGUGGGAGGAGGAAGUUGGAAAGGGAAGAGCAAAGGAAAGUCAAUAGGUGCGAAGAAAAUUGGGAUGAAAAAAACUUAUAACUAUGAAGAAAAUAAAAAGGAUGUAGUUAACGACGUUUCUUGGAUCAUGAAAGAGUAUAGUCUUGACGACAAGGUAAUAAAGUUGUUGAGUAACAGAGGUGUGAUGAAGCACAAGGAUGUUGUUUUGUGCUACAUUAGGUGUAAAGUUAAAAAAUCAAGAAAUCAUAUGCCUACAACAACUGGCAGUGGAUAUGAUGAUGGUGAUGGUGAUGAUACACUACUACUACCCCAAGGGCCUAAUGAAUUUGGAUAUGGUGAUCAAUUUCCUCAACAGAUUGUGAAUCCAAUGCAAAAUGUUGGAUCGGGGUAUGUUGGAUGUGAUGAUACACUAGUACCCCAAGGGCCUAAUGAAUUUGGAUAUAGUGAUCAACUUCCUCAACAGAUUGUGAAGCCAAUGCAAAAUAUUGAAUCAGGGUAUGUUGGAUGUGAUGAUGAGAAUAGGAACGAUAUGACAACACAACCGCAGUGGCCUAUGGAGGAUCAUCAACUUUCUCAGCUAAUCGUCACGUUUCCAAUGGUUCAAGGGAACGAUGCUGCAAUGAAUGAAGGGAAUAUGAAUGGUGAAUUAGUUUUUCCUUAUCAGGAAGAGCAAGUGCUGCAGAAUGUUGAAGAGACAGCAGGUAAUGCUUAUCAAGUCGAACCAACAAACAACGACGAGUGUUUAUUAGAUGAAUUAAGUGAUUUUGAUAAAUUUAUGGGACAAAACAAGGAAUGGCUAUCUCAGUUGCUCUCUUAG